CGACAAGAAAGAGACAUUACUAGUAUUAGUAUUAACUGAUACUAUAUCCCUAAAUAACAGCGAAUUAGUUGGUACUUACAUGGAAAAUAUCUCACAAUUCAUAAAAUCCUGUUGUUAUCAUAAGGUAAAGCAAAUUCUCUAACUUAAAUUAAACUAAUUGGUUUUCUUUUGCAGACCUUAGCUCAAGAUUACCCACUCAUUUUAACACCGUCAUCAUGCGAAUAUCAAACCUUACUAUCCUUGGGAGAUGUCUUGGAUCACUGCGUCCUGACUAAUAUCGUCUCUUUCUUUCAGAAUGGUACCGCCUCUGAACUAGUGCUACUCCGAUUCGGUCUGUAUGUGCUCAACUCACUCUGUGAACCAUCCUCAUCACAGUAUUGGACUCCGAAAUUUAUGCUGAAGUCCAAUCCACCCGCUUUUCUUUAUUGUUUACCUGAAAUAUACCUUGUCAAUUUCACGAAGCUUUUAUCACUUCGAUCAUUUCAUGGCACUGGACCAACGUUGUUGCGACUUCAAGAUUGGGAAUCUGUCCUCAACUGCAUUAAUCUAUUGUCACGUAUUAUUUCCUAUGCCUUACAAACUAGAACGGGUCAAUUUCCUUUAUUGACCCAAUUCUUUGAGGAGACGCUACGAACAUUUGACUGGAAAAGUCAGUUGCUUUGGUACAACAUUGCACGCGAUUUGACCAGGUGUACCUUAACAGUACCCAAAUGUUUCUUUCAGAUUACAGGAGCAUUAGAUGAUUUAUUUAUUUGCGACGAAGAUACAGAUGCGGCACAAGAGAGCGAAGGAUGGCACGAAAUUUUUAUGGCAUGUAAACUAUCCACAAAAUUGUCAGACGAGCUAUUCAUGCAUGCAGAACAAUGGACCUACAAUUUAUUGUUAUUAUGGAACCAUCCCUACGAAGACACAAUUAUAAAAUCAUCACUAUUCUAUGCUUUACAUCCAUCGACCUCAUUGUCUGUUUCUCUGGAGUAUCCAAAUUUGAUUCUUAAUUUUUUAGGAAAACUAUAUGAUUCGUAUGCAGGUGUACAUGAAGUGAUCAGAGAAUUCAAUGGAUACGAGCAACAAGAUAUGAUACCUAUUAUUCAAGAUUUGUCUGAUUAUGGAACAAGACAAUAUUUCAUCAUCCUGUACAUCACAUUGUUACUAAAAAACAACAUGACAAAAACUGAGGGUCGCGACGAAAAACAAGACGAUUACUACGUAGCAUGUUUGAUCAAAGUGUUGCAGGGUAUGGAAAAUUGGGGAGACAUCAGCCCGCCACCUCUUUCGUACAGUAAUCUCAAGACAAGAAUUAUAAAAAGCGGUCUCAUAAGAAAGAUACAUCAGGAAACCUCAGAAGAUCCUUCACCAGGGAAUAUGACGGGGGCAAAUGUACCCACGGAGCCUAAAGUGGUACACUAUCCUCUUUUGGAUACACCUGAAUUCAAAUCUCAAAGGGCUUUAUCUAUUAUAUGCUUCUACCACUUAUGCUCAUUAUUUAAAGAUCAUGAAAUAAGUAUUACCCAAAAGCAGGCACUUGAGAGGCUAAUAAUACUGAUAAUGGAAGGAUUUAUCGAUACGUCCAGCCGACAAGAAUUCCACAGAAUGCUGGCACAGCAACCUAAAAAAAGAAUUACGACUUGGAGAAAGAAGAAGUGUGAGUAUAAGUUUGUGAUGACAAUGAGACCAGCAGUAACAUCAGCCGAAGAGAAGCUCCUGAGACCCGUUAUUGUAGAAACUAUUCCAAACCACAAGAGGAUCAUACAAGCAUUAAAAUUGUCCCCCAAAAAUCACAACACCAAGUCUACGAAACCAAAUUAUUUGUAUUUUAAUAAUUAAAAAUGCACAAAUUCGAUUUUUUAGCAAUAAAAAAAGAGCCUUGACUAUUUUUCCCAUGGGUCCAAAAC